AUGGCUAAAGCAAAGAGCCAGAAAUCAAGAAUUUCUGUAGUUACGGUUAAGAACAUUGACGCGUUGCAUCGCGUUUACGUCGUUUCUUCUGCCCAAGUUGACGACUAUUCUCGUACAUAUGAAGUCCAUAUCUCAAGAGAACCGUCGUGUAAUUGUCCACAGGGACUAAAAACCAAGAAAGAAAUAUGCAAACAUAUCAUUUGGGUCUAUUUAUUUGUCCUCGGAGUUCGUGAAACUAGUAGUUUACUCAACCAAGUAUAUCUUUCAGAAGACGAGAUACGAAAGAUGUUCGUCAAUAUUCCGCCAAUCUCACCUGCUGCUGUCGGAACGAUGGGGGCAUCUUGUCCUGCCGAACAAACUGUGCAGAAUGAUCGUUGUUUCCAUGAGCCGAAGUCGACUAACUAUGAACCAGCGAGUGAAGCAAAUGCCAGAAGUCCCUUUCUUCUUAAAUUUUUGGCGUCUAACGUGAAGGUAUGCGCUGGUUGUCCUCGCCCAAACAACACGUUCAGGGCACAUGAAUUACAAGAUCCACCUGCCCCUUACAAUAUGGUUAUUUGUCAUAAGGAGAUACGACAAUGGAUAGAGGACGGUGAAGUUCGACGAAGUCCUACAGUCCAAAAUACCUAUUAUCAUGCUGACCUGAAAUGCGUCCGGAAAAACAACCCUACAUUUGAAAAGAACUUGUUAGUCAUUCCAGCAGCAAUGAAAAAUGAGCUGAAACUAGAGCAUAAACUCUACCUUCGCCUGCACUUUGAUAUUGAUAUUUAA